GGAGCAUGGAGCCUGGUGCUUACCCUGGGGCAGGAACAAACUGGCAACAGACCAUGAUGCUCAUCUGAGGGGCGCCUCACAGGCCUUUGUCACCCUCCUUCCUUCACCAGCCAGGAGGAAGCGGUUUGUGGCCCACCCAAAUGGAGGACACCCUGUCUGGGGAGGAGGGCGAGGAGGAGGAAGAGGAGGAGCCAGCUCCAGCCCCCCAGGACCCUGUGGAGCCUCAGCUGACAGAAGCCAGCCAGGUCCUGGGCGCCUCAGAGAUUAAGCAGCUCAGCCUUCACUUGCCCCCGAGGGUCACCGGCCACCCCUGGAUCCUGGCCUUCUGCACUUCAAGGGACGGCUUCAGUCUUCGGAGACUGUACCGACAGAUGGAAGGCCACGGUGGGCCCGUACUGCUGAUGUUGAGAGAUCAGGAUGGGCAGAUGUUUGGCGCCUUCUCCUCCUCAGCUAUAAGACUCAGCAAAGGCUUCUACGGUACUGGCGAGACAUUCCUCUUCUCCUUCUCCCCACAGCUAAAGGUCUUCAAGUGGACAGGAAGCAACUCUUUCUUUGUGAAAGGAGACCUGGACUCCUUGAUGCUGGGCAGUGGAAGCGGCCAGUUUGGGCUGUGGUUGGAUGGAGACUUGUACCAUGGCGGGAGCUAUCCCUGUGCUACCUUUAACAACGAAGUGCUGGCCCGGCAGGAGCAGUUCUGCAUCGAGGAGCUGGAGGCCUGGGUUCUGAGCUGACGUCUCCCAGGACCAUGCUCAGGUCACUUUUGGGUGCCACCCAGGCCUUCCUCACACAGGGCAGCCAUGCUGCCUGACUCAGGAUGGGGAAGAACCCUCAUGUGGCCUUCCUUAUUAUGGCCUGAAAACCCAAGAACCGUGCUGCCACUGUCCUCCAGCAGACUUGAUUGUGAAGGUGUGUAAGGCACUCUUAUUGAAGAAGCACAAAACUUGUCUUCACAGGAUUUGACAAUUCCUAGAAGAUCAAAAACAAGAGAAAACAAAAGCCAAAAAGACCGUGCCCCCCCCCCCCCCCCAUAACACUUCAUAUUCUUUCGGUCAAGUCAGGUGCUCAAAAGCAUGCUCGCGUGGGCACAUACCGCCCCCACACACCUCUUUUGUGUGUUUUAGAGAUUUUUACUUGGAGAAUGCUGUCAAUCCUCAGAAACCUGGGCUCAGUUCUCAAAACUAAUAAAGAGCAGAAGCAUCAUCUUA